GGUCAGCUCCACCCUCUGGUCGAAAUAUGGUCACUUCUGGCUCCAAAUAUCCAAGAUGGCGACGGUCAAAUCCAUGAUGGCAACAGUCAAAUUGCUAAACUUAAUGGCAAUACACAAACCAAUGGGUGACGUCAUUGUGACUACGUCCACUUUUUUUUUUUUACAGUCAAUGGUCCUGAUUGUCAAUUCAGCUGUCAAGGUUGCUAGGCUACAGGAGUGGUGCUUCAUGAUGCAAGGGAAAGGGCGGGAACAGCUGGUGACGCAAAUAGGAAAUCCUCCGUAGACCAGACCAUCCCAUUUAACAACGCUCAGUUCGGCCUUUGCGGCCUACAAAGGACAUGCCUUUGUAGUCUUUGUAGGACUCACCUGAAAAAAAAAUUAAUAAAGUGACAUAUUAACAGUCCUACAGUGAAAAUGACAACAGCUUAAUCUCCCCCAUGCUAUAGGUCAGUGCGAAAUGCAUUCUGGGAUAGCUUAGCUGUAGUCGGUUAACCAAUGGUGUAACUUCAUCACUCAUUGACUCACUCAGUCAGUGACAGACAUUCAUGGUUAUAUGGUUAUACUUUUGGUUUUAUUAGUUCCAUAGUAGCCUAUUUGGUAAAUAGUAACGUGAAUAUUAAACUAAAACCAUGGAAUCAUAUCAUAUACAGUACAUAGGUAAUGUUUAUAGAUGCUGCCACAGAGUGAUACAAAGAAAGACAGAAUGAGCGAGAGAGUCUUGGCUUUACAUUAUACCACCAGUCAAUCCGUGCUCUACAAAUAGUUAAUCUAAUCUACACAGUAGCACCUCCCUUUCUUUGUAUGCCUUUCUAUUUUCCUCUUUCUCAUCUUCCCUUCUCUUAUCCUGUCUCUCUUUUCCCUUUUCUUGUAAGUUAUACAAUUUAGUGCAUUAGGUCCUUUGGUUCUUGUCUUUUCACUCAAAGAAAUUAAAUUAAUUAUGUUUUACUUAUUGCUAUCAGCUGCAAUCUAAGUCAGCAUUCACUUUCUGAAGCAGAGGCACCAUUUCUCAAAAACCCAAGGUAUGUUGAAAUAAUAGAAUUUGCACAAACUGCAUGCUUGAAGCAAGAAAAUGUUGUUCUGCAAUUCAUUUGUGUUUUGGUCACAAUUUUGGUUACAGUGAAUGUUUUGUAAUGUUAAAACAAAUCUUUGAGUGUUCUGUAGUGGUAGUAUCAUUUAAUAACAUAACACAACAAAUAUUACUACUAUCACAACUUCUGCUGCUUACAUAAAUAAUACGACUACUAUCACUACAAGUACCACUACUACAGGCACUAAGCACUAUGAAUUCUGCUUCAAUUACCCAUAAUCGGUGCCCUACAGGAUCAGACUAUGGAAACUCAGCUGAGAACACAGCAAGUGAAAACCGUGGUAUCUGCUCUCUGCAAAAUCCCGCUCCUCGUUCUGCUCCUGUACAUCUUUGUGUGUUCCCUUGACAUUUUAAGCUCUGCCUUCCAACUAGCUGGGGGUAAGCAGCCAUCAUUCAUCAUAAUUAUCUUCAUCAACCUUUCAACUUGACAGUAUUCAGUAACUCACAUUACCAUUUAAAUAUAGUAUAAACUGUAGUAACACACGUAGACACAUAAUUGUCUAUAUUAGCUACUCUUUGGAUGCCCAACCUGAUUUUGAUAUUAAUGCUUUCUGCCUGCCUGUCACUCUUUGUUUGUCUUUCCCUUCCAGGCAGGGUAGCAGGAGAUAUCUUUCAGGAAAAUGCCAUCUUGUCUAAUCCAGUGGCAGGGCUUGUGGUGGGAAUACUAGUGACAGUGUUGGUCCAGAGCUCCUCCACCUCAACUUCCAUCAUAGUCAGCCUCGUCUCUUCUGGUUUGCUGGAUGUUCGGUCAGCUAUUCCAAUCAUCAUGGGCUCCAACAUUGGAACAUCAGUCACUAAUACUAUUGUUGCUCUGAUGCAAGCUGGGGAGAGAGAAGAGUUUGAACGGGCAUUUGCAGGAGCUACAGUCCAUGACUGUUUUAACUGGUUGUCUGUCUUGGUGCUUCUCCCUCUGGAAGCUGUGAGCGGUCUGUUGAGGUAUCUGUCACAGGUCGUGGUCAACACGCUACAGUUCAGUACUGGAGAGGAAGCACCUGAACUUCUUAAAGUCCUCACUGAGCCACUCACUAAAAAGAUUAUCCAGCUGGAUCGGUCAGUUAUUGCAGCCAUCGCUACAGGAGACCAGAGUGUGAGAAACAAGAGUCUGGUGAAGCACUGGUGUCUAACCACAAACAUGAUGGUACUGGUAUGAUAUG